CUGGUAGUGGCGGGACAAAGACAACUUAGGAAGGACUGCGCGAAGCAGGUUUCUGUGUGAGACGGGUUAGUUUUCACCAAGUGGAUUUCAUCGUUGUGGUAGCUCCGCUUCAUGACGUCCUGCAGAAUCCUUCUAUUCAGAUUGCUGUGACUGGGUGUGCCUGAGGGAAGGGUAGGAAUAAAAGGGAUACAAUGGCGAGCUUACAUCCGCCACUGGAUAAUGCACAGGAUGCUGGGCAGGUGCUCUACACAUCCCUCCUUGUCCUGGGGUUGGAUGCUGCAGGGCUCGAGUGGAGCCUCCGAACUCCUGUCAAUCAGAAAAUGUUCACACGAAUGAACAAAAAGCUCGGGGAGCAUAUACUGCACUUUUUGUUUGUCUGCAUCGACCGUGACAAGGCUUCAAAGGUCUUCCGUGACUGUUGGCCUUUGCUCGAUAAGAGACAGGAGUCCCAGUUUUACAAGGCUACAUUUGAGUGGUACAAAUCACUUCAACAGAAUUAUGGGCAGCCUGUCCCUACAGUUGUAGCCAAGACCUUCAUGUCCCCUGGAGGACCCAAAUUUAUUACCAUCUUGCGCACUUUGACCCGCAUCGCCCACCACGCCACCUGCACCAGAGAAGAUCCUGAACGUAAUAUUUUAAACUUUCCAACAAUUUCACGUUGUCCGGAGAAAAACCGCGCAAUGCUAACUCUCCUUCGAGCCUCAAAGCAGGCACACCAAAGGGAGUUCAUUUUGAGACAGAAGAUCGAGCAAAAUGUUCUCAAGAAAGUUCAAGAAAAGGCUAAGGAGCUGUCUGGAAUGUACCGCAGUCUGUGCUCCCAGAGUGACAAGGCAGCAGCCAGUCUCCAGGAUGCACUUCGCCAGAAUGUAAGGUUGACACAACACCAGAAGGAGACUCUUCCAUCACGUCCACUGUCUGACGUGCAAAAAGAGAUACAAGAGGAUAUAUCCAAGAUGAAUAGUGAAGCAAAGAGACUAUGGGACCGUGUGGAAGUUUUCCGCCAAGUGGAGGAGUCAUCAUGGAAGAUUCUGUCUCCGCUACUGAAUGGAACCACAUCCUUGUCGCACAUUGAUGGGUCUAUGUAUUCCGUUCAGGUGCCAGACAUGAUUUACAAGGAACAUGCAGCAGAAAUAAAUAAGCUAGGAUUGCAGGGCUUGUAUCAAGAAGAUAAACUAGACUUGCUGAGUCUGGUUCAGUAUGCCAACUUAGCUCUGAAGUCCCUUCUUCAAAUUGUCCAGAAAACACACUCACAGGCCAAACCUGAAUCAACAGAGGAGUUGAAUGUCCUGAUGGGUCGUGUCGCUAGCUGGAAUGAGACUGUGGAUCAACUUACAACUAAGUUGAAUACACUCUUGCCCGAGUUAAUGGAGUCCGUUGCAGUGCACCGUCAGCAUAUCACGCUGCCCGUCCCCACUCUGGAGAGUAUUGAGCAAGAUGGAAAGCCCAACCUCUGUCCUCCGACACCACCUCUGUGUCUCGUCAACACUCCUGUGGUGGCCAAUGGGGGGCCCAAGUAUGCUCCUCUGAUGCUCACCCCUGGUGUGCACAAACCUCAUGCAAGAGGGCCCCAGAAGGAGGCUAAUACCACUCCUAGCAGGAUGCUCUCCACCCAUACUAUGACACGAGCUGCCAGAAGGUCACCCAAGGCCAGUGUUCUUUAUUCCUCGGAAACUCACAAAGAUGACUCGGUCUUGAUUGUAGCUGGGGAAGAAGCUAAAGUUGCCGAGGCAGAGGAAGGGCUGCCAGUAGAGAUGCUGACAGUGGAUUGUCGGGUGCGCUACCAGAGGAAGAAGCAGGAGGAGCUGGAGGCCCUGCUGGAAAAGUACCAACCGCAGAAAAACAGGGAGGGGAAGAAAACAGUGAUCCCCAAAAGAACAAAAAUUCCCAAAGAGAACAAGAAACCACUGGAGAACAAUGCUCUCUCAGAUUGUAGCAAUCGUGGGACCAAGAAAGUCCUUGCCCAAGUGGAAAUGAACCUGAAGGAAACAAAUAUGAAGAAUGGAAAUGGAUUGGCUGCUGGUCCAGAUUAUGGAGAGGAUCUUGACAGUUCACUGAUAAAUAGACUGGCAGAGGUGGUUGCUACUGAUGACAAUGACAGUGGUGCUGCAGAGCUAAUGGCCGAGUCUCUUAGUUGUGCAAACUCCAAGGAAGGCUCAGCACUGGAUUCUGGUUGUGCUGAAGGUUCUAGCUCAGAGACGUUGCUGGAUGCUAUCGAGAAGAUGAGCAUAACUCCAAGGAAGAAAAGUGAGAGCAAACUUCCUCAAAACAGACCAGGAUCUGCAAAGAAGUAUGGCACACCCUUCCGCUCCAUUACCUCUCAGCUGUCAAAUUCUUACACAGAGACUCCAGAUAUUUCAAAAGGCAGUGAAGUAACACAACCAGCAAAUUUACAAGUAAUAAAACUGAUUGAUUUUACACCAUGUGGACAGCCAGCCACUAAUAAUUGUACACCAGUUGGGACACCAACGAGAGAUCCUUUCAAGACACCCAUCCAGAAACAAGCAGCUGUAGGGAAGAAUACUGAUGUUUCCAGGCAGCUGCUAGCAUCCUUAUCUCUAGACAAAAAAGAGGAGAAUGCCCAGGAGGUCCCAAAGGAUCUCAUGACAAGGAUGUCUCUGUUGACUCAGAGUCCAGUGAGAAGUGCCGCAAUUCCUCAAGGAUCAAAGAUAUUAGCAAAGUUCUCGGGACUGGAGCUGCAGGAGGCAUCCAGAGACACCAGACAGAAGAUACCUGAUAGUACAGAAACCAGCCGGGGAGCUGCCAUAGUGGAGCUUCGACACCAUGCAAAGACAAACCUCUGCAGUCUGAUAGAACAAAUGCAGAAGAUGAAGCAAGUCCACCAAGAAGCAGAAGGGAUAAAGGAAAGCAGACCUAGAGUGGGAUCUAAGUCCAAUUUCUUAUCUUAUGUAGAAAAACUGAAAGCAGAGAAGAACCAAAUUAACAGUGGUAGCGAGAGCAAGCAUUUGUUGAGUCUUACAAAAGACAUAGAGAUAAACACUGACAAGAAGGAACCACAGAGUGAUGCAAUGACCUGGAAUGAAAGAUCCUCAGUAAAAGAAACAGCUGAUAAGAUUCUUACUGACAAUAAGACAGACUUUUUAAAUAACAUGACAAGAAUGCAAGACCUCCUUGGUGAUGAUGACGAUGAUGAAGACACACUUACUGGAAGUUGCUGUGAGAGUAAGAUCUUUGAAGAAACACUGGAGAAAGAAAUAUUCACAAAUUCCCGAGAUAUUGAGAAGAUGCUUUUCAAGACACCCGGCAGGCGAUCAUCUUACCUUUCAGAAGAUUCUGUCUUUGACACACUUACUGAUGCAAUUCUUGUUGGAGAGGCCAAGUCCUCCAUCUUAAGGGAAGAAGGGGCUAAGGCAGAAGCCAGGAGAGAGAGCAUUUCAACAAGACGGCAGUCAUUGGCAAGCACAGGGAGAAUGAGUGUUGGCAGCAAUAGGCGGCUGUCAGAUGUCUUCUCUGUCUUCCAGAAUCGCACGUCAGCUGAAUGCCCUGGGAUUCUCGAUGUAAGUGAUUCGUGUUUACUAUCUACAUCAAUGGAUGAAAUCUAACUCAAGAUCAAAAGGCUGAAAAUAUGAGCAAGCUGUGGAAGUUCUGGCUUUCUAAAUCUUAAUUUGGUAAGGACAUUGCCCAGAAAAUCAGCCCGUUUGAUCCCCUUCAGGACUGGUAAAGGAAGUUGAAUUAAUCCUGAAAAUAUUACCAGGAAGUUUGGGGUGCCUGGAGGAGGAUGAGACUGCAUGGUGAAGUUGUAAUAUAAUAAAUUUAUUUUCAUAGAGCUCUUUUGUAAGUAAUAAAUAUAAAAAGGUCAAGCUGAAUUUUAUUUUGCUUACAAAAAUGGGGAUAGUAGUAAAAAAGACAAAGGCUUCUUGCUGUUUUUGUAGCCAUGGAUAAAUAAGUCUAAAAGACAUGUAAGCUUUAAUUUUGUGACAUGCUGUGUGGGGUGUAGACAAAUUUUGUUAUGUAGGUGCUAUUGUAUGUUUAUUUUUUAUACAUUGUUUUUUAUACAUAUUUCUAACAAAUCCUAGGGAAUAAUAUAUUUAAAAUAUAUGAACUCUCACUACAGCUGACAUUAUUGGAUCUCAUUUGGGAUUUAUGGAUUCUAUGUAAUGAAGGUCAAGAAUCAGCUGUUAAAGAUAUAAAACACACACAAAAAAAUAAUUGCUUGCAGAAUAAAACAUGCAGCAGUUACACGAGCAGCUUAUUUAAGUACUGAGGUUGGACUGAAGAGGUGUUACAUUAGUUGACACCUAGACAUAUUCAUGUGGUCUUCAGCAGUUAACAUGCAUCUUUAAAAACUAGAAAGCAGGUAUAACUGCCCUUUUUGCAAAUAUACUAAUAUGCAAUAAUAAUGGAAACUUAUUUGGUAUUACACAGAAAUGCUUUUGUAUAUAUAUCAUUUAUGCUUAAUACAAAUCAAACUUGCCACUACAAAUAUCUAUGAUAAUUAUUGUUAAUAAAUAUACUGUAUA